AUGGCGCCCCGUGGCCUGGUCUUCGUCGAUGGGAGCAGCAGCGAUGUCCUGCAGGAGGUCGCCGACUACAUCAAGAUUGGCGACGAGAUCCGACCCCUGCUCGAGAAGAGCCAGACAGAGGAUGCCAUCACCGCCAUCGUCAAGGCCUCCUCCAUCCUGAACUCGGCCCCGGAGAAGGAGUUCGGCCCCGCCUACAACCUGCUCAUCUACGCCGUCAUCAACCACUCGAAAGAACCAAAGAAGCACCUGCCCCAGAUCUGCCAGAACCUCACGAAACCAAUCACCUCCUCCCCCAUCAACGGCCGCGACCUCGCCCUUGGCAGCCUGUCCACCAUCUUCAACCUUCUCGCCAAGGACGACCCCAUACGAUUCAAUGUUCUGCUCCAGAUCAUUCGCUUUGUCAAGGCUAAUAACCUCUUCGACACCAUCAAGCCCGCCCUCAAGAACGUCCCCGGCUGGCUCGAGGCCUGGAACACGGACGACGAGGAGAGGCAGCGACUGUACGUCGAGAUCGCCGACGCCGCAGAGGCCGCAGACGAGAACAAGAUCGCCUACGAGCACCUCUUGCAGGCCCUGCAGACCUUUGACGCCGACGACAAGGACGACAUCGCCUCAGGGGAGGCCCAGAAGCUCUCCCUGCGCGCCCUCAAGAUGGUCCUCGUCAUCGACCGGCCAUGGGCCUACGACUUCCAGGGGCUUCGCGUCCUUGCGCCCGUCCAGGCCCUCGCCGACUCCCACCCUGUCUACGCACAGCUGCUCGACAUCUUUGCCGAGCAGGACCUCGAGGAUUUCAACGACUUUAACGACGAGCACGAGGGCUUCCUGGAGAAGGAGAGGCUGGACCACAAGACGCUGCAGACCAAGAUGCGCCUCCUGACCUUUGCCAGCCUGGCGGCGUCGCAACAGGAGCGAGAGAUCCCCUACGGCGUGAUCGCCAAGGGCCUGCAGGUGCCGUCGGAGGAGGUGGAGCACUGGAUAAUCGAUGUCAUCCGCUCGCAGCUGGUCGAGGGCCGCAUGUCGCAGAGGGAGAAGGUGUUCAAGGUGCACAAGACCAUCUACCGCGUGUUCGGCGACAAGCAGUGGCGGGAAUUGCAGUCGCGCAUUGAUGUCUGGAAGAACACCCUCAACAAUGUCCACGGCGUCCUGAGGGCCCAGCAGCAGGAGGCGGAGAAGCAGAAGGAGCGGCAGCAGCAGGAGCUGGAGAAGAAGCUGGCAGGAGUUGGGUUCAGCGACGGCCCCGGUCGCGGCCGCCGACAGCAGCAGAGAACCGACAACGACGACUAG